AUGACUGGCAUCGAAACACUCGUGGUUUCUGCCGUUGCAUCGCAGGUAGCUCGCAAGAUCUCCGAUUUCGCAAACGAAGAGAUCAAGCUAUGCUGGAACUUCCACGGCCACCUCGAGUACAUGAAGAAGACGCUGUCCAACAUCCAGCCCGAGCUGAAGCGGGCGGAGGACAAUUCCUUUGGUAGUGAUAGGGAAAGUGUCCGGGAGUGGCUACGCCUGAUGAAGGCCGUCGCCUAUGACAUCGAGGACAUCCUGGACGAGUACUACUACCACAACCCUGGUGAGCAAUUUGACGAGAUCUGCUGCUGCAUCGCCUGUGCUGGGAAGGUGCCGUUACUAUUCUCAGUGUCGAUGUCAAAUCCAGUGUUGAUGAGAAUUUGCAUGAUUCACAAAAUGAAAACUGAGAGGCAGAGGUUACAAAAGGAGUUAGUGGCACCUAGUGCAUAUGGUUUGUGUGAAGUCAUAAACUCACCAGGAAACAGUUUUGAAGAGAAGGAAACAACUUCACAAGCAAAUGGUACUGCAAUAAUUGGGCGGGACAAGGACGUGGAGAAUAUCAUGGCUAUGGUAAGGGUAAUAGACUACCAGAUAGUUACCAUACUUGGAGCUGUGGGUUUAGGGAAAACAAGUCUUGCUCAACUAGUUUACAACCAUAAUGAAACAAGCAAAAUUUUCAGAACACAAAAAAUGUGGAUUCAUGUGCCUAAGGGUAAGGCAAGUAUCAAAUAUAUUGGGACAUAUAUGAUAUCACGCGAUGGUGGGAAGAUCCAAGAGAAUAUGACAGAAGAAGAUAUUAUGAAUGGUGUUGGUGCGAUGCUAAACAAAUAUGAUAGCUACCUAAUUGUACUGGACGGAUUGUGGAGUGCAAGUGAAAAGGCAUUGCAAAACUUGAAGGACAUGUUAACAACAGGGAGCGAGAGAAAUGUCAAGGUCAUAGUGACCACUCACAGUGAAAAAGUGGCUGCAUUGAUGUCUACUACAAAACUACCAUAUAAACUGGAUACUUUAUCUGAAGCUAAUAUUCUGACCAUAUUCUCUCAAAGGGCAAUGGCAAGUAAUGAUGAAAUGGAAAUUCUUACCCGACAUCCACUUUUCUGGAACAUGCUUAAGAAGUAUGGAAAGAAAAUUAUUGAAAGGUGUGAAGGCACACCAUUAGUAGCUAACUUCCUUGGAUCAGUGGUCAGUUCUGGACGACUAUCGCGGCAAUGGGGCGAUUAUUGGGCACCUGCAAGCAUUGAAGAAAUGUGGAAAGUAGAAGAAGAUUUUGAUAACAACAGAUGCAACAUUUCAUUGCUGCUUCCAUCCCUCAAGCCCAUAUACUAUAAUAUGCACAAUGAGUUGAGAUUAUGUUUUGUCUAUCUCUCAAUCUUUCCUAAAGGAUCUGCCAUAGACAAGAAAAAGCUUAUCCAACAAUGGCUUGCACUUAACAUGAUUGAGCCCAGCAAACAUGGGAACUUGCGACGUGAGGAAACUGCUGAGGAUUAUAUCGAUCAACUUAAAGCAAUGUAUUUCCUUCAGACUACCGCCCAACAUUCCCCAGUAAAUGAGGAGGUACUCCAUGUGCAUAACUUGGCUUAUGAACUUGCUAGGUCUGUUGGCAGCAAAGAUAUCCUAGUGAUUUCAGAUGCUACAACUAAGAAAGAAGCAAACAAGAGCAGCUACAAUCAUGAUUACCGCUACGCACAACUCUCGACACCUAUCCUACUGUCAGUAGAUCCAAAGGAUUGCAUUUGUAAAGCAAGGUCACUAAUUUUGAAAACUCUAGAAUCAGAAAGGGUUUUUGUUAGUCAAGUAAUAUCAGAAAACAAAUAUUUGAGAGUACUGGAUAUCAGGGGGUGUUCCAUUAGCGAAUUACCUGGUUGCAUUUUCAAGUUGAAACAUUUGAGGUACCUUGAUGCUUCAGGAUUGCUCAUUACAGUACUCCCACCAGAAUUGGGUAAUCUGGUGAAGCUAGAAACACUGGAUGUUUCAGGAACCAAUCUGAAGUUGGUGCCCAGUUGUAUCAGCAGUUUGAAAGUCCUCAACUAUUUGAACCUGAAAGGGUGCCAGAACCUUCAACAGCUACAUAGUCUUGAUGAGCUCCAUGAACUAUGUUAUUUGAAUUUGUCAGGCUGCCUUAGUAUCAGAAACUUACCAAAAUCUCUUCGGAAGCUUAAGAACCUUUGUUUCCUGAACCUUUCUAAGGUUCAUGUAUUGCCUGAUGGGUUACUACAAUCACUGGACAGCCUCGAAUCUUUGGAGGAUUUGAUCUUAAGUGGUUUGGAAGUCAAAAGUCUACCUGAUAUUUUUGGGCAGUUUUCAUCACUUCAGUUUUUGAAUCUGUCACAGUGUUCUACACUGCAACAAUUACCCCAGUCAUUCUUUGAACUUCAGAGUUUAAAAGGUCUGGAUCUCUCAUUUUGCUCUGGUAUUGAAGAAAUCACUGAAUCAUUUGGAAGGCUUUACUCUCUUACAUCUCUAAACCUUUCUGGCUGCAGCAGCCUUAGGAUUUUGCCAACAUCUUUUGGGGACCUUAUUCAUUUGGAAGAACUCAAUCUAUCAUACUGUACUGCACUUGCAGAAUUGCCGACAACAUUUCGUAGCCUUGAACGUCUCCAUGUUCUUAAACUACAUAGAUGUGUGCAUCUUAUAGAACAAGUCAAAAAUCUCACCAAUAGUUUAGAGCAUCUAGAGCUGACAUCUUGCAAGGAUAUCAAUUUGCAAUCCAAUUUUUUUAGCUACUUAACAAGACUCAGGGUAUUGGACCUCUCUAAUUGCUCUCAGAUGGAGAUCGUUAUUGGUGCCCCUGCAAAUUUGGAAGUUCUAAUCCUAGCAAAUGUUGCUCUUCCAUUGGAUCUUAAUUUUCUCACUCAGUUCCAGAACCUUAAGAAACUGGAUAUUACUGAUGUUAUAUUGAGUACAGCCAGUGCAGCACUGUCAAAUCUGCAAAAUGUCUUCACCUGUAUGCCUAUGCUCAAGACCGUUGAGACAAACAAUUUGGAUAUUUAUUCCAUCCUACCAUCAAGGAUUAAAAUCUCAAGAGUGAUGGAUUCCCUCACUGGUGUGGAAAGUUCAAAUGUCAGAGACAGAGAAAAUACUGCUGGAAGGAGCACUCCUUCAGUGGUAGAAGCAGGACGACCAAAUACUUCUGCUGAAGGAUCAGAUCUUAUUGGACACUCAAGUUCAAGUGGUGAAGAGAUAACUGAAGAUACUUCUAUGGAGGCUGCAAAUAGAGACCUGGCCUCUAGCACAAACUCAGAUGCAACUAAAGUAGAUGCGCUUGAAGAUUAUGCUCAAGCAACUCAUGUCUUCAUCCUGGUUUUACUGAAAGCACCAAAGAUCUCGCGAAGUAUUAGAGGGCAACAAGAAUAUAAUAUAUAUGAUCUAGAAGCUGCAUAG